AUGUCUUCUCCUCCGCUCCUCCGCCGUCGUCUUACCCUCCUCCUCUCUCUCACUAUCUCUGUUGCUGUUGCUUCAACCAUCGACGCCACCGUCACCCUCCCUCUGUCAAAAUUCACAGGAAACUCAAACCCAGGUCGCCUCCAGCCCACCAGCCCCAAACUCCUCGCCUCUGCAUCUCUGGCCAGAGCCCACCACAUCAAAAGCCGCCACGCCCCCAAAAAUCAAACCAGCCAUUCGGCGUCCUCUGUCAAAACCCCUGUUUUCGCCCAUGCUUACGGAGCUCACGCCGUUUCCCUCACCUUCGGAAACCCCCCGCAAACGCUCUCUUUAAUCAUCGACACCGGCAGCACUCUCGUCUGGUUUCCGUGCACCGACCACUACGUCUGCACCGACUGCUUCGACCCGAACACCAAACCCACCAGGAUCCCAACUUUCAUUCCCAAAUCAUCUUCCUCUGCGAAGAUUUUGGGCUGCGCCGACCCUAAAUGCGCGUGGGUGUCCCACCCGGACGUCCAAAUCCGUUGCCUAAAUUGCAAGCACCCCAAUUCGUCCUCUUGUAAGGACAAAUGCCCUUCCUAUGAUGUCCACUAUGGAUUGGGAUCCACCUCCGGAAUUUUGCUGUCGGAAACGCUGCAUUUCCCGGAGAAAUCCGUGGCCGACUUCGCCGUCGGGUGCUCCACGUCAACGGAAAGCAUACUCACCGGCUUAGCCGGGUUUGGCCGCGGGCCGGACUCGCUGCCGGCGCAGAUGGGUGUGAAGAAAUUUUCUUACUGUCUCAAUUCUCACCAUUUCGACGAUAAGCCGGAAAGCGGGACCAUUGUAUUGGGUUCCGGUUCUGGCAAAACCGGCAGGGUUAGCUACUCCAAGUUCGAGAAGAGCCCAGGCGGCGUGCAUUCUUUUUAUAACGAUUUCUACUACGUCAAUCUCCAAAAAGUAAUCAUCGGCGGCAAACGCGUGCAGAUUCCGGCGAUAUUUCUGGCGUCGGGAUCGGACGGCAACGGGGGGACGGUUCUGGACACCGGGACGACUUACACUUAUAUGGAUAGACGGGUUUUCGAGAUAGUUUCGGGAGAAUUCGAAAAGCAAAUGUCGAAUUACACGAAAGAUACCCGGCUGGAGAAACGGGUGGGCUUGCAUCCGUGUUUCCGGGUUCCCGGGGGAGAGAAAUCGGGUUCCAUUCCCGGGUUAGUACUCGGAUUCGAAGGUGGGGCAAAGAUGGUGUUGCCGGUGGAGAAUUAUUUCUGGUUUUACGGGGAGGUGGCGUGCAUGACGUUAGUGACGGACGACGUGUUCCAGAUGGGGCAAGGGCCGUCGAUCAUUCUGGGUAAUUAUCAGCAACAGAAUUUUUACAUGGAGUAUGAUUUGAAAAAUGAAAGGUUCGGGUUUCGAAAACAGAAUUGCGAAAGGAAAGUUUAA